AAGUCUUAUCAUAUUCACAUUUAAAACACAACAGAGUUCAGCGGAGUAAGUUAAAUAAUUUAGAAACGUUUAGUGUUGAUUUAACAAGAACAAAAUGUGGUUUAAGAGUUUUAUGUGCUGUGUUAUUUUGGCUCAAGUGAUCGCCUAUUCAACAAAGGGAAUUGAAUCAAGUGGAAAUAAGCUAAUAAGUCGAAAUAUUGUUGAAGUCCCUCCAUCGACCAGGAAUGAGCUUCCUUGCCUCGCAAUCGGAGGGAAUUGUUUAAACAUCAACCUGUGCCCUGAAGACAGGCGAUCACUGGUUAAAGGGUUGUGUCCUGCGCAAGAACAGCAAGACAUUGAUUGUUGUGACCUAAGAUCUUUAACGGGUGAAGCAUGUGCUAAAAAUGGAGGGAUGUGUGUUUCUCGUUAUGAAGAUUGUGAUGAAAAAAUUACGUUCUUCGAGGGUGGUGAUUGCACGAUAAAUGAAAAAUGCUGCUAAUGAAUAAAUCAUAACAGAAAAAUGAGAAUCUGCUUUAAAAAUAUGCUUAUGCAUAAAAAAUAAAGCUUAAAAAAUUA